CAUAUUUCGCAAGAUAGGCACAACGCAGCAUUCGCAGAGAAGACAUACAGGCAGCAGCGCUUCUCCUCGAACUCGGAUUCCUUCGCGACUCCCGAUCGUCAUUCCCCCGCUCUUGAAUCAUCCGCCCUGGUUCGCUCUCGCAUCCGCCGACCAGCUCGAUCGGCGCGGCGUCUCCAGUUGAGGCCGUUCGUAACUGGUUCAGUUCGCCUCGCCGGAGCUUCCGAGCUUCGAGUUGAAAUCCUGAAUCUGAAAUAAACUGUUUCCCGUGCAUACGUAUGAUUACCGCAGCCAUGGCCACUACGAUGUAUAAUGUCGAGAAACAUGUAGCUGAAGGUAUCUUCUGAUUGCUGAAAUGAGAUGCAACGCGUGCUGGCGAGAAUUGGAAGGACGAGCUGUUUCCACCACCUGUGGUCACCUAUUGUGCAAUGAAGACGCUGCCAAGAUUCUAAAUAGUGAUGCAGCAUGUCCCAUUUGCGACCAGGUGCUCUCUAAGAGUCACAUGAAACCUGUGGAUAUAAAUCCGAAUGAUGAAUGGAUCAAUAUGGCUAUGGCUGGAAUAUCUCCACAGAUACUCAUGAAGAGCGCAUACCGUAGUGUGAUGUUCUUUGUCGGACAAAAGGAACUGGAGAUGCAGUUUAAAAUGAACAGAAUAGUGGCUCAGUGCCGGCAGAAAUGUGAAGUCAUGCAAGAGAAAUUCACAGAGAAACUGGAGCAAGUACAUGCUGCAUAUCAAAAAAUGGCCAAGCGGUGUCAGAUGAUGGAACAAGAGAUUGAGAGCCUCUCCAAAGAUAAGCAAGAGCUUCAAGAGAAGUUCUCUGAGAAAUCAAGGCAAAAGAGAAAGCUAGAUGAGAUGUAUGAUCAACUAAGGAGUGACUAUGAGUCGAUGAAACGAUCUGCAAUCCAACCAGCGAGUGAUUUUUAUCCAAGAAGCGAACAUGACUUGUUUUCAGCCCCAGUUAACAUGAUGAAUAAUCCUGACAACAUGCGUAAAGAUUGGUCCAUCUUUCCUCCUCCAACUCCAGGGCAAAGAGAGGAUGUGUGGCCAGCAAGGCAGAAUAGUUCAAUCUCUGGUCCUUUUGAUAUCUCUGGGGGCUCACCAGCAAAACACCCAACCAUUCCAGUUGACGCCAACAGCAGAAGGGUCAGUGGCGACCCAGUUUUUGGAGCCGGUACUGCCAACCCCUCAAUGACAUUAAGGAACCUCAUACUCUCCCCCAUAAAGAGGCCUCAGCUCUCCCGGAAUCGGACUCAAAUGUUUACGUUAUAGUCUAUCAAAGCAAGCACUUCAUCUAUUAGCAUUUUUGGAGUAGCUGGGCAGCGCUGUGAAGUUGGGAUUUUGACUGUUCAUUGGCAGUUGUGCCCAGUGAAAUGCUAAAAACAGAAGGGUGUCGGAAACAGUGGCUUGCGUGUAUCUGGAAUAGCUGAAAAGAAUUUUUGAUUGUUUGGGGUAUCUGAAGUUUAGUCCCAUUUCUAUUAGCCGUGGCGGCGUGUGAAGCUUAGGUUUAUCUGUGGUUUAAGGUGUCCAAUCAGUUUCUUCAACCAGAGCAACAUAGAAUGGAGUAACUUUUUGUACUUAUAGGUUUUGUAAGGACGAAUUGAUAGUCUUGUAAGGUUCCAUGGUGCUUUUUCAUUAAAUAUUCAUUGUGUGCCGCUUUGAUAGUCAAA